AUGGCCCAGAAUAACGAGCAAAUCGACGUACCCUUUCUUAUCGACUCUAACGAUGACGAUCAGCUUUGCCGUGAUCAACCCAUCCUGAUUCGGCAAGAUAAUCAUUUUGGAAACCAAAAUGACAAUGAUGGGCAAAACGAUCCCUUGACACUUCUCGCCCAACAAAUAGGCAACCUUGUUUUGCAGAUGCAGCAUGCCCCGCCACCCCAAAUCAACAUCCCCACUAUUAACGUUCCUGCCCUGAACCGCGAACUUAGCCUAGUCGCAUAUCCUGACUUCGCCGGUAGUGAACAGAAUCCGAUAGCCUGGUUAGAGGAUGUAAAAAAAGCCUUUGAAGCUAACCAGGUGCAAGAUCAACCCAUCGAUAGGUGGGAUGAUCCUGGUCCCACUGAAGAUGUUGAUUCGUAUCACGUUUCAAUCGAAGAGCUAUUACACCAUGUCGAGUCAAGUGGUCAUCAAUAUCCGGGUACGGCAAGGGCCCAAAUGUUCAUUAAUGGCCUUCGACCUGAGCUCGCUACAUUAGUAGCCCCCUUCAUGCCUGAUUCUUUAGCCGCUGCUUAUGAGAGGGCUAAAGCCUUCGAAAACUCAUUUAGACAGAAUCUCCUCUGCCACAAUCCUUAUCUCUUUUCCUCAUAUGCAUCCUCUUAUAAUAACGCCCCUUAUACGACUUCUAAUAAUUGGAAUACUGGCCCCCGAUUCCUCUGUAAUCAUUGUGGCCAGAUGGGUCACUACGCCAGGACUUGCCCAAAUCCUCUCCCUCAGAAUUCUAGAAAUGGUGUGGCCACAGGAAGUAACGUCAUUCCUAUCAACCGGAAUAAUGCCGCCCAGAAUAAUCCCCCACCUAACAACAUUAACAAUGGAACCCCAAAUCAGGGAGGA